GCGCGGGCUCGCCCUUUCGCCGCGCGGAGCACGGGCGCCCGAGCGAGGCAGGCAGGAAGGCGGCUGGUGCGCGGACGGCGAGCCGGGUCGGCAUCCGAGUCCGGGCGGCGAAGGGCGCGCCGGGGCGCAGGAGCAGCGCCGGUGGCGGUCAGGACUCGCCCCUCAACUCGCUUUCCUCCAGCGAUGGGAACCGCGGGGGCUCGGAUGCUCCACGGCGGCUGUGCCGGGACCGCGCGCUGCCGUUGCUUGGCACUGAUCGCGGCCGUCGCCGCCGCGGCGCUCCUGAGCGGGGCUCAGGCCUCCAGCCGGCCGGACGAGGCCUCCUUCCCAGAAGACACAGAGUCCGAGAUCACGCACUGGCUCCAGAAGAGCUAUGACAGCACGUUUGACGAUGAGGACCUCAUGGCCGGGGGCCCGUCCGGAGAUGGGCCCGGCAGUGGGGAGAAUGGCAGCGGGGCCAUCUCCGUGGAGCAGUCGGUCACCACGGUCCAGUCUCUCCUUUCUACAGUCUACUUCCGGGCCCUGGUGAACUUCACCCAUUCCAUCCAGUACAGCCCCCACCUGGAAGAUGUCAACUCAGAGGCCUUCCAGGAGGUGUCUGAAGCGGUGGUGGACACGCUGGAGUCUGAAUACAACAAGAUCCCUGGUGAGCAGUCGGUCAGCGUGGUAUUUAUCAAGGAGAUCGACGGCUGCAUCUUUGUGGAGCUGGAUGUGGGCUCUGAGAGGAACACGCACGAAGAGCAGAUCCGCGAGGUGCUUUUCUCCGUCGUGGACAGCGGCUCCAUCGCGUCCUACAUGACCUCCACACGGGGAUUCCAGUUUCGGCGUCUGGGUGCAGUUGCCCCCGAGUUCCGGGCCUGCACAGCCGAGGAGUUUGCGUGCCGUAGUGGCGAAUGCAUUGCCAGGGAAUUCUUCUGUGACCGGCGACCGGAUUGCCGGGACAUGUCGGACGAGCUGGACUGCGAGGAGCCCGUGCCCCCCGAGUGCGCCCACGACGAGUUUGCCUGCGACAGCGGUGAGUGCGUGCACUGGGCGCUGCGCUGCAACGGACACCCUGACUGCGGAGAUGCUUCUGACGAGGACGGCUGUGAACUGGAGGGGCCUCUGGCGCCCGCCUCCACCCCGUGGCUGAGCACCGCCCGGCUCCCUGCCACCACCUCCCCAGUCACCACUCGCCGAGCACCGGUCACCAUGCCACCUCGGGUCCCGGUCCCCAAGCCCCCCCAGUUCCCCGGAUUGCGUCCCUGCCGGAAAGACGAGGCCACGUGCUCCAACAGGCAGUGCAUCCCCCGGGACUACGUCUGCGACGGCGAGAGGGACUGCCAGGACGGGGGCGACGAAAAGAACUGCGGCACUCCCUCGCCCUGCGAACCCAACGAGUUCAGGUGCCGGAACGGGCACUGCGCCCUCAUGCUGUGGCGUUGCGACGGGGACAACGAUUGCGCCGACGGCUCUGACGAGCUGAACUGCCCCACCAAGGGCCCUGGGGACACCUGUGGCCCCGACCAGUUUGUCUGCCUCUCCAGCCACACCUGCAUCCCGGCCAGCUAUCAGUGCGACAACGAGGCCGACUGCCCGGACCGCUCAGAUGAGAUCGGCUGCAUCUCUCCAGAGGUAACCACUCCCCCAGAGGAGUCCAUCCAGGCUGCCCCCGGAGACACCGUCCGCUUCACCUGCGUGGCUGCGGGUGUGCCAACGCCCGUCAUCUCCUGGAGGCUCAACUGGGGCCACAUUCCCAGCAGCCGCAGGGUGACCUUCACCAGCGAGAAUGGCCGGGGGACGCUGGUCAUCCGGGACGUCAAGGAGGCUGAUCAGGGGGCCUACACCUGCGAGGCCAUCAACGCCCGGGGAAUGGUCUUUGGCAUUCCGGACGGCGUGUUGACCGUCACGCCUGGCCGAGGGCCAUGCCCCGAAAGGUAUUUCCACAUCGAAGGGACCGGCCAGUGCUUGCCCUGUUUUUGCUUCGGGGUCGCCAAAGCGUGCCGCAGCACCGGCCGCUACCGUCAGCGAAUCCACCUGCGGUUCGACGAACACAACAACUUCAAAGGGGUGAAAGUGACCGUGCCCGAUCAGCCCGGGACGCCUCCCCUCGCCUCCACGCAGAUGCAGAUAGACCUCGGGGCGCAGGAAUUCCAGCUGGUCGAUCUCUCUCGGCACUUCCUUGUGCAUGACUCCUUCUGGACCCUCCCCAAGCAGUUCCUAGGGAACAAGGUGGAUUCCUACGGAGGGUCCCUCCAGUUCACGGUGCGCUACCAGCUGGGCCGAGGGCAGUCGGAGCCUGUCCCGAAGCCCGACGUGGUCAUUGUGGGCAACGGGCAGAAGUUGCUCUACCGGCUGCAGGCACUCCCAGAGCCCUUUGUGCCCAACCAGCGCCAGAUCCAUUUCACUGAGGAGAACUGGCAGAAGGAGUCCGGGGACCCGGUGAGCCGGGAGGAGCUGCUCCUCGCUCUGCAGAACCUGGAGGCCAUCCUGAUCCAAACAGUGUACGACAAUCGGAUGGCCACGGUGGGGCUGAGCAACAUCAUCAUGGACACCACCACCGCGGAGGUCACCAGCCUGGGCGUGGCGCAUCACGUGGAGGAGUGCAGGUGCCCUGUGGGCUACACUGGCCUGUCCUGCGAGCAGUGCGACCCUCACUUCAAGCGGGUGCCCGGCGGCCCAUAUCUGGGGACCUGUUCUGGGUGCGGCUGCCACGGGCAUUCGAGCUCCUGCGACCCUUUCUCCGGUUAUUGCCUGAAUUGCCAGCACAACACCGAAGGACCGCGGUGUGACAAAUGCAAGCUGGGCUUCUUUGGCGAUGCCACUGACGCCACCCCGGCGGCCUGUCGGCCUUGCCCAUGCCCGUACACCGAAGCUCCGCGCAGGUUUUCCAACUCCUGCUUCUUGGAUACAGACAGGCAGGCGACCUGCGACGCCUGCCUCCCAGGCUACACAGGACGCCGCUGCGAAAGGUGCGUGCCGGGCUACGAAGGCAACCCCAUCCAGCCAGGCGGGAAGUGCGUGCCAAUCAGAGGAGCCGGACAGAGCGUCACGUCUGCAGGGAAAGAGGAGGUCCUCUGUGACGAGCGGGGCGGCAGGAAGGCCUCGGACGGGGCAUGCCGGUGCAAGCCCAACGUCAAGGGGCCGCUGUGCAACGAAUGCGUCACGGGCAGCUUCCACUUAAGCCACGGGAACCCCGAUGGCUGCCUUCGCUGCUUCUGCAUGGGGGUCUCACGCCAAUGUGCCAGCUCCUCCUGGAGCAGAGACCAGGUGCGGCUGGCAUACGAGGAUGCCGAGGGGGGGCAGUUCGGCCUCGCCAACUCUGCCAACACGCGGACGGUCAGCGAGGGGAUCCGCUUCACUGGGGAGUCGGAGCUCACCUUCUCUUCGUUCCACAUUCUGCCACGGGAUGUCUACUACUGGGUGCUGCCUAAGCACUUCAAGGGAGACAAGGUGACCUCGUACGGCGGAGAGCUGCGCUACACCGUCACCCACGACACCUUCCCUGGCUCCCCGCUGCUGCGUGGCCAGCCAGACGUUCUGCUGCAAGGCAAUGGCAUUUUCCUGGAGCACGUGGCUGCAACGACGCCCCUGCCCGGGGCACCGGUGACCUUUGCGGUGCCUUUCCGGGAGCAAGCCUGGCGUCGGGCCGAUGGGCAGAACGCCACUCGGCAGCACCUCCUGAUGGCGCUGGCUGACAUAGAUGUUUUCAUGAUCCGGGCCUCCUACGCCGAGCGGUCCUCUGAGACCAGGAUCUCCGACAUCCACAUGGAUGUGGCAGUGCCACAUGCCGCAGGCCUGAACCCAGCCCCGGAGGUUGAGGAGUGCGCCUGCCCACCAGGAUACCGAGGGCCGUCCUGCCAGGACUGUGACGUCGGGUACGCGCGCACCACCAGCGGCCUCUAUCUGGGCACCUGCGAGCCCUGCAGCUGCAACAGGCACACGACCGAGUGCGACAUGGAGACGGGAGACUGCCAGGGCUGCCAGCACCACACGGAAGGCCUGCACUGCGAACGCUGCCAACCUGGGUUCUUCGGCGAUGCCCGGCAGGGGACGCCUAGGGACUGCCAGCCAUGCCCCUGCCACGGACUGUCCUCCGCCAGCCAAGAAACCAGGACCUGCUUUGUGGAUGCAGACGGGCAGCCGACCUGCGACUCCUGCCCCCCAGGCUACCUCGGGCGGCAGUGCGAGAGAUGUGCUCCCGGCUACGUUGGGAACCCCAGCCAGGGUCAGCCCUGCACAGAUGCUAGCUCCCAGUGCCACUGCAACCUGCACGGCAGCGUCAGCAGCCGGUGUGAUGCCAACGGGCGAUGCCAGUGUAAGGACCACGUGGAGGGGCUCUCCUGCGACAGCUGCCGCCCCCACCACUUCCACCUGAGUGCGGAGAAUCCGGCCGGCUGCCUGCCCUGUUUCUGCAUGGGGGUCACCCAGCAGUGCACCAGCUCGUCCUACUACCGGGACGUGGUCGCCAGCUCCUUCCGUCCGGGAGAUUUCCAGGGCUUCACGCUCGUCAACCAGCAGCGCAGCGUCCGCCUCCUGACCGGCUUUGCGGUGGAGAUGUCCCCCGAGGGCCCUUGGCUCUCCUACGGCCAGUUCGGGGAGCUGGGGCAGGAGCCCUACUACUGGCAGCUGCCGGAUGCCUACCUGGGGGACAAGCACUGGCUGCUCUACCAAGGGGUUCCCCAGCUUCCCGAAGCCGCUUUGUACUGGGAGCUGCCUGGGCCUUUUCUGGGGAACCAGGUUGGCGCCUACGGGGGACACCUCCGCUACACCCUGACCUACACGGCUGGAGGGAGAGGCACGCCGCUGCCCGAUGCAGAUGUGCAGAUUACCGGCAACGACAUCACUCUGGUGGCCUACCUGUCCGAGCUGCGGCCCCGCGAACGCAGGAGUUUCGAGGUGGUCUUCCGGGAGCAAUUCUGGAAGCGGCCAGAUGGGCAGCCUGCCACCCGGGAGCACUUGCUGAUGGCCCUUGCCGACCUGGAUGAGAUCCUGAUCCGCGCCACACACUCCACGGACAUGCUUUCGGCAGGCAUCACCGGCGUCACCAUGGAGACUGCCGUGCCUGGCUACACCAGUCUGCCCCGGGCUUUGGAAGUGGAAGAGUGCCGCUGCCCCCCCGGAUACCAGGGCCUCUCUUGCCAGGACUGUGCUGCUGGCUAUACCCGCACCGGCGGUGGGCUGUACCUGGGCCACUGUACGUUGUGUGAGUGCAACGGGCACUCGGAGUUGUGCCACCCUGAGACUGGCACUUGCUCGCACUGCCUGCACCAGGCAGCCGGGGAGUUCUGUGAACAGUGUGCCCCUGGCUACUAUGGAGAUGCCACCGCCGGGACCCCCGAGGACUGCCAGCCAUGUGCUUGCCCGUUGCUGGACCCUGAGAACCAGUUCUCACAGACAUGCGAGAGCCUGGAGGGGGGCGGCUAUCGCUGCACCGCCUGCGAACCCGGUUACACUGGCCAGUAUUGUGAACAAUGUGCUGCUGGAUAUGCGGGGAACCCCAACAUCCGCGGACAGAAGUGCGUUCCUCUGGGACCCCCAGACCAGCCCCGCCUUGUCAUCCAAGUCCAUCCCACCCGGACCGCUGUGUCUCAGGGAAGCGAAGUGACGCUGCAUUGCCACGUCAGUGGGGAGCCUCCCCAUUACUUCUACUGGUCCCGGGAAGAUGGGCGCCAGGUGCCAGGUACCGCCCAGCGCAGGCAGCAAGGGUCAGAGCUCCACUUUGCCAGCAUCCAGCCCUCAGACGCCGGCGUCUACAUCUGCACCUGCCGAAACCCACGGUUCAGCAACUCCAGCCGAGCCGAGGUGGUCGUUACAGAAGGCCCCAGCAAGCCGAUCACCGUGACGGUGGAAGAGCAGAAGGCGCAAAACGUUAAGCCCGGCAGCGACGUCACCUUCAUUUGCACAGCCAAGAGCAGGUCUCCUGCCUACACGCUGGUGUGGACCCGGCAGAACAACAGGAAGCUACCCAGCCGGGCCAUGGACUUCAACGGCAUCCUGACGAUCCGCAACGUGCAGCCAGAGGACGCCGGCAUCUACGUCUGCACGGGCUCCAACAUGUUUGACAUGGACGAGGGGAUGGCCACCCUCUAUGUGCAAGCUCCAUCGAAGACCCAGACGUUCUAUGGUCCCGUAGAAAUGGUGGAAGGCCACAGACCCUCCGGAGCUGCUGUCCAGCCAACGGCCACCAUCGAGCCCUCCCAGCUGAGCGUCCAAGCGGGCCAGAUGGCCGAGUUUCGCUGCAUCGUGACGGGAAGCCCAGAACCCGCCGUGGAGUGGAUCGGAGGACCCGGGGGUGUGAUCUCCCCCAAGGCUGUCAUCCAGGGGGGAAUCCUGCGCUUCCCUGCGGCUGAGCCUGCCGACGAGUCCCAGUACCUGUGCCGGGUGCGAAACAGCGCCGGGCAGCACAUGGCCCGAGCUUUCCUGCAAGUGCAAAGUACCAGUGCCCCCCAAGUGCAGGUGAGCCCUGAAAAGACAGAAGUGCACGAAGGCAGCACCGUCAGGCUGUACUGCCGGGUCGCGGGCUCCCCAGCGGCCACCAUCACCUGGGAGAAGCAGGGUGGCAGCUUGCCCCCACAGUCCCACUCAGAGAGAACAGACAUCGCCACCCUGGUGAUUCCCUCCAUCACGGCUGCCGACGGAGGGGUGUACCUGUGCGUGGGCAGCAGUCUGAUGGGAGUCGGCAGAGCCCGAAUCGAAGUGGUGGUCAUUCGGGCAUCCGGCGUUUCACCGGUGGUCAAGAUUGAACCUUCAUCCUCUUCGGUCACAGAAGGCCAGUCCUUGGACCUCAACUGUGUGGUGGCCGGCCACCCUGCGGCAUCUGUCACGUGGUAUCGGCGAGGAGGGUCCCUGCCAACCAACCACCAGGUCCACGGCCCCCUCCUGCGGAUUUUGCACGUUUCUGCGGCUGACUCGGGCGAAUAUGUCUGCCGGGUCAGCAACGGAGCUGGGCCCAAGGAAGCCUCCAUCAAGGUGACCGUCCAGCAGAGCCCCGGUUCCUCCCACGGGUCAUCCCCGGUCAGGAUCGACUCUCCCGCCUCUUCCAUCACCGAGGGUCAGGCCUUGGACCUCACCUGCCAGGCCACUGGCCUCUCGCAGCCCAGAGUCACUUGGUACAAGCGGGAAGGGGCCCUCCCGGCUACUUGCAAGAUUUCCGGCUUCCACCUGAGGAUCCUCAAGGCCACGGCAGCAGACUCGGGCGAAUACGUGUGCCGGGUGACGGACGGUGACAGCGGUGUCGUUCACGAGGCCUCCAGAGUGAUCACCGUGCACAGCAGCAGCAGCAGCAGCAGCUCCCACACAUCCGGAGUGACGCCUCCCCUGUGGAUCGAGUCUUCGUCGCCCUCCAUCAUCCAGGGACAGGCCCUGGACUUGAACUGCAUCGUGGCAGGCCAGACCGGUGCCACCGUAACAUGGUAUAAGCGAGGCGGGUCCUUGCCCGCUGGCCACCAGGUAUCGGGUUCCCGCCUGCGCAUCCCCCAGGUCUCUGCGGCUGACUUGGGAGAAUACGUCUGCCGCGUCAGCCUGGAUUCCAUCACCCGGGAAGCAUCCAUCCUCAUCUCCCGCAGCCGCUCCUCCUCCGCCUUCGGAGUGGCUCCCCCCGUGAGGAUCAAGGCCUCCUCAUCCCUCGUAGCCGAGGGGCAGACGCUGGAACUGGACUGCGUGGUUGCCCGCCAGGAGCAGGCCGUGGUGACCUGGUACAGACGGGGUGAAGCCCUGCCAGCCAGCCACCAGACUUCGGGGUCCCGCUUGCGGCUGGUCAAAGUCUCUCCUGCGGAUUCUGGAGAGUACGUUUGCCGGGUCAGCUCUGAUGCUGCCAGCCAGGAAGCCUCUGUCUUGGUCACUGUCCAGCAGCAGGAGGGCACCCACACUUUCUCCGCUGGGGUGACCCCCCCAGUGUGGAUCGAGUCUUCUUCCACCUCUCCCGCCGAGGGCCACACGCUGGACCUGAAAUGCAUCGUGGCCGGCUCUGUGCCACAGGCCAAAGUCGCCUGGUAUAAGCGAGGAGGGGCUCUUCCUGCCAGCCACCAGGUCUCCGGCUUCCACCUGCGCAUCCCACAGGCCUCAGCCGCCGAUUCCGGGGAAUACGUCUGCCGCGUGAGUCAUGGCUCGGCCGUUCACGAGGCCUCGCUGGUGGUCACCAUCAAGGGCGAAACGGGCUCUUCAUACGCUGUGGGUGUCACCCCCCCAAUAAGGAUUGAAACCUCCUCCGUAGCCGUCUCCGAGGGGCAGACCUUGGACCUGAACUGCCUGGUGGCGGGCCAGUCCCAGCCCAGGGUCAUGUGGUACAAGCGCAGGGGCGCCCUGCCAGUCCACAGCCAGAUUUUUGGGUCCCGCCUCCGGAUCUCGCAGGUUUCGGUGGCCGAUUCGGGCGAGUACAUCUGCUACGUGAAUGACGGCACCAGCCUCCUGGAGGCCUCCAUCAUCGUCUCCAUUCCCAGCAGCGCAGGCGGCCCUCACACUUCUGGAGUGCUCCCGCCAGUGCGGAUUGAAUCCUCCUCAUCUUCCCUCGCUGAGGGGCAGACCUUGGAGCUGAACUGCCUCGUGGCCGGCCAGACGCAGCCCAAAGUCACGUGGUUCAAGAGAGGAGGACCCCUCCCGCCUAACCACCAGGUCUCGGGCACUCGCUUGCGCAUCCCGCAGGUCUCCUCGGCCCACUCCGGCGAGUACGUCUGCCGCGUGAGCAGCCCUGCCGGCACCCAGGAGGCUGUGCUGGUGGUCACCAUCCAGGACAGUGAGGGCCCCCCCCACCCUGCGGGUGCUGCCCCACCGCUGAGGAUCGAGGCUUCCUCCCCCUCCGCUGUCGAAGGAGAGACCUUGGAUCUGUCGUGCCUUGCACCAGGCCAGCCACAUGCCACGUUCACCUGGUAUCGGCGAGAGGGCCACCUGCCUGCCGGUCACCAGGUCUCCGAUUCCCACCUGCGAUUGGUCCGACUCACCCCCACUGACUCGGGCGAAUACGUCUGCCGCGUGAGCGGAGGCCACGUCCCACAAGAGGCGUCCUUUGUGGUCUCUGUCCAGGCCAACACCAGUCCUGCUUCCCGUCUCCAGAGCCCCAUCAUCUCCAUCGAUCCUCACAGUGUUGUUGUGCGCCAGGGGGAGGAGGUCUCCUUCAGGUGCCAUAUCCAUAAAGGCACGCCACCCCUCGAGGUCACCUGGAAGCUGCCCAACAACCAGCUGCUCGACAACGUGAGAAUCAGCCCCGAUGGCUCUGCGAUCACCAUCUCCAGCGCCCGUCCCGAAAACCACGGGGCAUACCGCUGCGUGGUCUCCAACCGAUUUGGGAUCGCCAACAGCCUGGUCAACGUUGUGGUCCAAGGGCUGCCCACGGUCUCAGUGGUGCCGAAGGGCCCCGUGCAGCUGAAGGUGGGCAAAUCCAUCAGCCUGGACUGCCUGGGGGCAGGGGAGCCCCGGGCUCUGGUGCGCUGGAGCAAGCUGGGAGCCCGGGAGAAGGUGGAGAGCCAGAAGCUGUUGCCCCUGGAGAGCCGAGCCGUCUUGCAGAUCUCCUCUGCAAAGCUUGAGGAUGCCGGCACCUACGUGUGCGCGGCCCAGAACGCUGUGGGCACCACAGAGGCGCAGGUGGAUGUGAGCGUGGAAGCGGUGCAUGGCAGGCCAGGGGUCCCCGAAGUCCGCGUGACUCCAACCCAGACAGUGCAGGCGGGACAGACGGCUCGGCUCCUUUGCUCUGCCACAGGUGAUCCGCCUCCUGCCAUCCACUGGUCCAAGCUGAGGGCUCCCCUGCCGUGGCAGCAUCAGGUCGUGAACGACACCCUCGUCAUCCCCCGGGUGGCCCAGCAGGACUCGGGGCAGUACAUCUGCAACGCCACCAACUCUGCGGGGUUCACAGAAGCCUUUGUGGUGUUGGAUGUGGAGACGCCUCCCUAUGCCACCAGCCUUCCAGACAGAUCAGUGGUGCAGGAGGGUGAAGCAGUACAGCUGCAGUGCCUGGCCCACGGCACACCGCCCCUGCGUUACGAGUGGACCAAGGUGAAUGGCAGCCUUCCCAGACAGGCCACGGUGCGAGAGGGGGUCCUGCACUUCAGCCCGGCUGCGCACCAGGAUUCAGGCACCUACCUCUGCCGCGUCAGCAACCGGGUGGGCUUUGCUAAGGCUUUGGCGCAAGUCCACGUGCAAGGCCGUGCUGGAGGACCCCUGUCAGUCCAAGUCACCCCUCAGAGCGACACAAAAACUGUGGGUGCCACAGCAGAGUUCGUAUGCUCUGUUUCCGGGGGUCCCGGGGCACAGAUCGAGUGGUUCAAAGAGGGCGGGGAGCUGCCUCCCAGCCACACCGUCCGCAAUGGAGUCCUGCGGAUCGAGAAGCUGGACCGAGGGUGCCAGGGGGUUUACGUCUGUCGGGCCAGGGGUCCUUCCGGCCAGGCCCAGGAGAGGGUCAGCCUGACCGUCCAGGCCCUGCCCAGAGUGAUGAUCAACAUCCGGACAUCAGUGCAGACUGUUCUGGUGGGCAGCUCUGUGGAGUUUGAGUGCCUGGCCUUCGGGGACCCCAAGCCAGACAUCACGUGGAGCAAGGUGGGUGGGCAGCUGCGCCCGGGAGUGCUGGCGAGUGGAGGGCUGGUGAAGAUCGAGCGGGUGGAGCAGGACGACACCGGAAAGUACCGCUGCACCGCCACCAACAACGUUGGCACCGUCCAGUCCCACGUCAUCCUGCAUGUCCAGGCCGUCCCCCAAGUCGCGGCCCAGCCAGAAAUGAAGGAGAUUUCUGCGGGCUCCACCGUGGUUUUCCCCUGCUCAGCUUCGGGGUUUCCUGUCCCAGAAAUCAAAUGGACCAAGCUGGAAGGGGAUCUCCCCAGCGAUGCCCGCCUGGAGGGCAACAGCCUGACCAUUCCUUCUGCGCGCCCGGAAGACACCGGCGUCUACGUGUGUACGGCGUCCAACCGGCAGGGGAAGGGGACAGCCUUCUCCAUGCUCAAAGUGCGAGAGCGGGUGGUGCCGUACUUCACCCAGAACCCUCAGUCCUACCUGGUCCUGCCAACCAUGAAAGAUGCCUAUCGGGCGUUUGCCCUGGAGAUCACCUUCCGGCCUGACACCCCGGAUGGGAUGCUGGUGUACAAUGGGCAGAAGAAGGACACGGGCAGCGACUUCGUCUCCUUUGGGCUGGUGGGGGGCCGCCCAGAGUUCAGGUUUGAUGCCGGCUCCGGCAUGGCCACCAUCCGGCACCCUUCGAUCCUCAAGCUGGGCGAGUUCCACACCAUCCACCUCCAUCGCAACUUGACUCAGGGGUCUCUCGUCGUGGACGGCCACCCCCCCGUGAAUGGCAGCUCCCAGGGCAGGUUUCAAGGUCUGGAUCUCAACGAGGAGCUGUACCUGGGCGGGUACCCCAAUUAUGCGGCCAUCGCAAAAACCGGCCUCGGCAGCGGAUUCAUCGGCUGCGUGCGACAGCUGAUCAUCCAAGGGAAAGAGGUGAUUUUCAAAGAUUUCAACCUGCAAGCCCAUGGCGUGUCCACCUGCCCCACGUGCCAAGACCAACCGUGUCAGAACGGAGGGGUCUGCAGAGACUCGGAGAGCAGCAGCUACUUGUGUGAGUGUCCCCGGGGGUUUGCUGGGAGCAACUGCGAGCACCCCCAGGCCCUGCGCUGCCACCCAGAGGCCUGUGGGCCCGACGCGACCUGUGUGAACCGAGCCGCUGGGGAGGGCUACACCUGCCGCUGCCUACUUGGCCGACACGGGAGGAAAUGCAUGGCGGGCAUCACGGUGACCACCCCCCACUUCCACGGGGGGGAUGCUUUUAUCUCCUACCCACCUCUCACCAACAUCCACUACGAGCUGCGUCUGGACAUCGAAGUCAAGCCGCUGUCCCCCAACGGCCUCAUCCUCUUCAGCGGGGGCGACGGGGGCCCCGUGGCCGACUUUGUCUCGCUCAACAUGGUCGGCGGGCACCUGGAAUUCCGCUACGAGCUGGGCUCAGGUACCGCCGUGCUUCGGAGCCCCAAGGCCCUGGAACUGGGGCAGUGGCACAAGGUGAUGGCCGAGCGCCUGAACAAAGAUGGCACCCUGCAGGUGGAUGACGAGCGGCCCCUCAAGAGGUCCUCCCCUGGGAAAAGCCAGGGCCUCAACCUUCGCACUUCUUUGUACCUGGGAGGUGUGGAUGACACCGUCAAGCUUCCGGCGGCCGCCAACGUCUCCAGCCACUUCCAUGGCUGCGUCGGAGAGAUGUCGGUCAACGGAAAGAAGGUGGACGUUUCAUACAGCUUCCUGGAGAGCCGGGGCAUCUCGCAGUGCACCGACAGCUCUCCAUGUGACCGCAGGCCCUGCCAGCACGGCGGCCAGUGCCUGCUCACCGGGGAGUACGAGUUCCAGUGCCUGUGUCGGGAUGGCUAUAAGGGAGAACGCUGUGAGGUGCCAGAGGUCCAGUGCCAGCUUCAGCAUCCCUGCCUCAAUGGGGGCUCCUGCAAGGACACCACGUGUCUGUGUCCCCAGGGCUUCUCAGGGUUGUACUGUGAACAUGACGAGAGGCAGUACCAGCUGAAGGCCGAGUGGCCUGAAGGCAGUGGAGGAAACGAUGCUCCUGGGCAGUAUGGAGCCUACUUCUGCAACGGUGGCUACGUGGCCCUGCCGAGUCACGCUUUCCCCAGGAGUUUUCCUGAGUCUCCGGAAACCAUUGAGCUGGAAGUGCGCACGAACUCCCCCAAUGGGCUGCUCUUCUGGCAGGGGGUGGCGACUGGAGAGCCGGGCCCCGAGCAGCAUGUUGCUCACGAGGAGGAAGGGGAACCUGGGAAAGGAAAGGAUUUCAUUAGCCUCGGGCUGAAGGACGGGCACCUGCUGUUUAGUUACCAGCUGGGAAGCGGGGAGGCCAACAUCCGCUCCGAAGACCCCAUAGAUGAUGGGGAGUGGCACCGAGUGACCGCUGUCCGGGAAGGGAAAAGAGGCUUCCUCCAGGUGGACGGAGAGGAGGCGAUGACCGGGGAGUCUUCUGGCAGGAACGUCAUGGUGAACGCCAAAGGCCGGAUCUACAUAGGAGGAGCCCCCGAUCUCCAGGCCCUGACGACGGGGAAAUAUGCCUUGGGAAUCACAGGCUGCAUCAAAAAUGUGGUGCUGGUCAAUGCCCGGCCAGGCCAGGAGCCGCGGCAGCCGGUGGACCUGCAGCACCACUCGGAAAUGGCCCUGAACAUUCAGGAGUGCCCCUCAUAGGGGAGGCCCACCCCUUCCACCCUCCUGCCUCUUCGUUGCUGUCGCCAGGCCAAGGGAGAGACAUCUAUGCUGAUUAUUAUUAUUAUUUUAUUAUUAUUACUACGAAUUUUUUAAAAGGAAGAAACAAAAACGGUGCUUUGCUGCUGCCAAAAAGGGGGAGGGGGAGGGAGCCGGCCUGCAGCAUCCUCGGCAUGGGCCGGCAGGAAGGGAGCCGCACGGCCUCACAGAGACGGAGGACCAGGAAGCUGCCAAGCUGGAGGCUGCAGGAGGAUGCCCGGUCGGGGCCUUCCCCGUGUGGCUGCCGGAGGGCUCUCCCGCCGCAGAAGAAAGGCGGCGUCCCGGAGGUUGGCGAGCGGGCUGGGCGCCUGGACGCCUUCUCUGCUUGAGCUGCUCUGCUGGGCCGGUAGGCCAUGAACAAAGACCCCGCCCGGCCCUCCUGGGGGCAGCGAAUGGAUCUCAGGAGCAGCCGGAAGGUGGGCAGACUCCAGGGAGGAGGCGGGCUCUUCCGAAGCCCCGUCGUCUCUGCCGCGUCACCCUGUGGCUUGGACCCCGGGCCCAGCCCUGCCGUGGUGCUCCUGAGAGGUGCCCCCACCUCACCCUGUGCUCAUGGGUUCCUCGAGGGCCAGCUGCAGGGACCCCUGGACCGUGCCCGGGCCCCCCUCGGCACUCUGGCCAGGUUGCUGGGUCCUGUCCCUGUAGAAGGGGCAACCCUGCCGCACCCUCGGAGACAAGGUGGUGAGCGGCCUGUCCUGCUCCCUUUGGACCGCGGGCUGCUUCAGUGCCUUAUGGGGGGGCCUUCUUCUAAGGGACCCACAUGCCAUCUCCCAGCCUGGUCCUCUCUUGCCCACCCUCGGCUGCCUGCUGAGCAAAACUUGUGAUGAGGCUGCUUCUUGGGGGGGGGGGCUGCCUGGAGGGUCCUGUCUUCCUGUCCUGGGUCAGAGCCAGAAGGGGCUCCCUUGCAGCUUUUCAAGGAGAGGUGCUUCGCCCGACAACGGCCGGGCCCAAAGAAACUUCCACUGCUCGGAUGGGAGACUCCUGACCGCCGGCACUGUUUCUCCUUCUCCUUGCCGGCCAGCUGGCCUUCAAGUGCUGGGGCCGGCAAACACCUCAGGCCUCGGGUGUGCAUAGUUCUACGUUGGCCAGGCCCCCACCCCUGGGCUUAGCUGUCUAGAAUGUUUGGGGCCAGCCCCCUGCGCCCAGGGUGGGAAGUGCUAGCCUGGAGACCCCGCAGGGCUCAUCCUCCUCCCGACCUCACCCCUCUCUGCUUCCCCUGCCCACCCGCCCGCCCUUUGACUGUUCUUGUACUUCUUUUUCUUAAUAAAUGGUGCUGAACCCCA